AAAAAAACCGAGACUCAAAAAUCGGAGGAAUGAAUAUAUGUAAUGUUAUACUUUGUUUGAAUUUGAUAUAAUACAUUAUAUUAUACCAGUUUUGUUAAACGGUUGUAUCAAGAAAAAAAUAAUAAAUAACAAAACACAAUGAGUUCACCAGCACCUGACACCCCUUCGGAUCGUGAUGGAGCCCGAUCCCGUAUGACAUCUCCUGCACGAGAUUAUGAAAUGUUUGAAGAUGAAAGCGCCAUCCUGGGAGAUAAUCCUCAAGAUGAGGAAGAAGACGAUGGAGAGGAACUGUUCAAUGAUAAUAUGGAGGCUGAUUACCGACCAAUGCCAGCGCUGGACCGCUACGACAAUGAAGAUUUGGAUGAUGAGGACUAUGACAACAUUGCUAUCGAAGACAGAGUCGCUGCUGAACAGGAGCUACGUAGACGGGACAGGGAUGAAGGCAGGCUGAGGAGGGAUGACCGUGGACUUCUUUAUGAUGAUUCAGACGAGGAAAGCGCGGACGCCCCUCGUGCAAAGCGCCGUCGCGCUGCCGAGAAAGCUGCAAUGGGAACAGAUGAACAAGUUGAAGAGGGCAUUGAGAGCAUUGAGAACCUUGAAGACACUAAAGGGUAUACAACUAAAGAGUGGGUCUCUAUGUUGGGGCCGCGGACAGAAAUUGCUAAUAGGUUUAAAAACUUUCUCCGCACGUACACAAACAGCAAAGGCCAGUACGUAUACAAAGACCGUAUUCGUCGAAUGUGCGAACAUAAUCAGGCGUCUUUCCACGUCGAAUUCGACGUUCUCGCCCGACGCGAGCAAGUCUUGGCAUAUUUUCUGCCGGAAGCCCCAUUUCAAAUGUUACAAAUCUUCGACGAAGUGGCCAAAGAUAUUGUCCUACAAAUCUUUCCGAGUUACGAAAGGGUAACAUCGGAGAUUCACGUUAGAAUAUCAGACUUGCCGCUCAUAGAAGAGUUGAGAACGUUCCGGAAACUUCAUUUGAAUCAGCUGGUGCGGACGGUCGGGGUUAUAACGUCGACUACCGGCGUGUUGCCGCAGUUGUCCGUUGUGAAGUAUGAUUGUAAUAGAUGCGGUUACAUUCUGGGGCCGUUCGUGCAGUCUCAGAAUGCCGAGGUGAAGCCGGGAUCGUGUCCGGAGUGUCAGAGUGCUGGGCCAUUUAUGGUGAACAUGGAACAAACAGUGUACCGUAAUUACCAAAAAGUGACCAUCCAAGAAUCCCCAGGCCGGAUCCCAGCGGGAAGAAUCCCUCGUAGCAAGGACUGCAUAUUGUUGGCGGAUCUGUGUGACCGCUGCAAACCGGGAGACGAAGUGGACUUGACCGGAAUUUAUACCAAUAAUUAUGAUGGCUCUUUGAAUACGGAACAGGGUUUCCCUGUCUUCGCAACAGUGAUCAUAGCCAACUACAUAGUAGUGAAAGACUGCAAACAUAUCGUUGAAUCCCUGACCGACGAAGAUGUGGCCAAUAUAGUGAAGUUGUCCAAAGAUCCACAAAUAGGGGAGAGGAUUGUUCAAAGUAUAGCGCCAUCUAUCUUUGGACACGAUUACAUCAAGAGAGGCUUAGCAUUGGCGUUAUUUGGUGGGGAGCCUAAAAAUCCAGGUGAGAAGCACAAAGUGAGAGGCGACAUUAACGUUCUUAUUUGCGGAGAUCCGGGCACAGCUAAAUCACAAUUCCUCAAAUACACUGAAAAGAUCGCCCCACGAGCCAUAUUCACUACCGGCCAAGGCGCCAGUGCGGUGGGUCUGACAGCUUACGUCAGAAAAAAUCCUACAACCAGAGACUGGACCUUAGAAGCUGGCGCGUUAGUAUUAGCCGACCGCGGAGUGUGUCUUAUAGAUGAGUUCGACAAAAUGAACGAUCAGGAUCGAACUUCGAUACACGAAGCCAUGGAGCAACAAUCUAUUUCUAUUUCCAAAGCGGGCAUCGUGACCUCUUUACAUGCUAGAUGCUCAGUUAUAGCGGCGGCUAACCCUAUCGGCGGUCGGUACGACGCGUCGCUCACGUUCUCCGAGAAUGUGAACCUGUCAGAGCCUAUACUGUCGCGUUUCGACGUGCUGUGCGUCGUCAGAGACGAAGCUGAUCCUAUGCAGGACGCUCAUUUAGCCAAGUUCGUGGUGAGCUCGCACAUCCGGCACCACCCCUCGCAGCGCGACACAGAGCAGGCGCGCGCGGCCGUGCCCGGCUCUGUGCUGGCGCAGGACCUGCUCAAGAAGUAUAUCGUGUACGCCAGGGAGAAUGUGCAUCCUAAACUGCAGAAUAUGGACCAAGAUAAAGUGGCGAAAAUGUACAGUCAGUUGCGUCAAGAGUCGCUUGCUACUGGAAGUUUGCCCAUCACAGUCAGGCACAUUGAGUCUGUUAUUCGUAUGAGCGAGGCCCACGCCCGUAUGCACCUCCGCCAGCAAGUGAACGAACAAGACGUCAACAUGGCCAUCAGAACAAUGCUGGAGAGCUUCGUGGAAACUCAGAAAUACAGCGUCAUGAGGGCUAUGAGACAGACAUUCCAAAAAUACUUAUCCUACAAGAAGGACCACAGCGAGCUUCUCUACUACAUUCUCCGCCAGCUGACCAUGGACCAACUAGCCUACAUGAGAGGUCUCCACAACCACUCCCAACCCACCAUUGAGAUCUCAGAGAGGGACCUUCUAGAACGGGCCAGGCAGAUCAACAUAACAGAUCUGAAGCCGUUCUAUGACAGUCCGAUAUUCAAGAUGAACAGUUUUAGCUAUGAUCAAAAGAGGAAAAUGAUUAUUCAUACUUUGCCCGAAGCGCCCAGUGUUACUUCGUAAUUAUUGUUUUAUUACAAUGGUAACGUAAACUCUUCAAUCUAUUUGCGCACAGAGCAUUGAAGCCCAUUAGGGUGACGUUUUUUGCUCUGUAGUCUUGAGUGAUCGACUCUUGUAAAUCUCCUAAAGAUCAUAUACAUAUAAGUACAAUUUAAGUACAAAUCACAAUUACA